ACGAUCGAUAUGGAACCAGUGAUUGUGUGAAGUACCCAGAUUUGUGUGAAAACAGUUCGCGACUACUUGUGGAUUCGCAAAGUUCCGAGUUUAUUUGAACCCAGAAAACAGCUUUUAAGGUCGUUAGUUAAUAAACAUUAUGAUGGCUGAUGAUGAACGUGCUCGUCGUCGUGAGGAGCGUCGUCGUCGGAGACAGGAAGAAAAAGAACAAGACGAUAGAGAAUUAGCUGCCUCAAAGGAGAAUGUGACUGUGAUAAAAACUUCUUAUCAUAGUUCCCGUCAAAAUGGAUCCGAAAUGGAAGUGAAGUUGAAAAGGACGACAGAGAUCACCCUUGAGAGGUCAGAUGAUAAAUCUGAUAUCAAUGAAGCAGAAAGAAAAGCUGAGGAGCUUCGUCUGAAACGUGAGCAUGAACAAGAAGAGCGUUACAGAGAACAGAGGGAGGAAAUUCGCUUGAGUAGACAGCAGGGUGAACUGGAACGGCAAGAGCUUGAGGAAAGGAGGGAGCGUCGUCGACGUAAACACGAAGAAGACGAGCAGCGUCAGAAACAGGAGGAGGAAGAAAGACUUGCUCGCGAAGCGGAGGAUGCUAAGAAGCUUCGUGAAGAGAUUCAAAAACGUCGUCAAGAAGCCGAGGAGAAACGUCGAAAUAUCCAGAAUUCCUUGGAGUAUGUUCAACCCAUGUACAGCAUCUCGGACAGUAUUUUCCAAGCUGAGAAGGAACGAGACAUGACACCUGAGGAGCUUGCUUAUCAUAAGGAGACGAUUCUUGAUGAACGUGUCCCUCCCCUCAGCGUCUCUUCUCAUACCAGUAUGGAACGCCUCAAGGAACUUGCCUUAAAUCUUCAGGCCAAGCUGGUUGAAGUAUAUGAAGUAAAGUUUGACUUGAUGAAACGUAGAAAACGUCAAGAUUAUGAUUUGGUCGAGUUGCAGCAACGCAUAGCCGACUUGAGUAAAGUGGCUACUCCCAAGAAGCCUAUUGUGAUCACCAUAGAUACUGGACAUGUGAGCAAGAUCAAGGAGAAAGGAUUCUUUGUUGAAGACAAAAAGCCUGCGAAGAAGUCUUUCUUACAAGAGCGUAAUGAGGGUAUAGCAGCAAGCGGAGGAGUUCAAGGUCGUCUAAAUAUGUUCCAGACAAAGAUUGGACAUGGAGAGGACCAGACUGACAUCAAAAGGUCUUCUGGAAAGUCAUCCUGGAAAGCACCGGCUUAUGAUAAGUGCAUCAUCUGUAACAAGAAUGUGUACACUCUGGAACGUCUUGAAGUAGCUAAGAAGUUAUACCACAAGCAAUGCUUCAAAUGUGAACACUGCAAGAAGGUUACAAGUUUGUCCAACUAUGCCUUGUUUAAUGGCAAGGUUUACUGCAAGCAACAUCAGCGUAAAGUGGAACGAGAGAGCUUGCAACAAGGUGUUUCUGCUCGGCCAUAAUUGAUUGGUUUAGAAUGAACAGGCGUCUGGUUAGGAAGUCUGUGACUGUAAUAGAUCAUCUUACUAAGUUACUG